CACAGAUGAUGUACGUCAGCCUUUUGUCAUAGGACUUCAUUCGCUUUAAGGAAAACUAAAGACCGCAUCAAUGGAGCACAUUCAGGGAGCUUGGAAGACUAUCAGUAACGGUUUUGGAUUCAAGGAUUCUGUCUUUGAUGGCCCAAACUGUAUUUCACCUACUAUCGUCCAGCAGUUUGGUUAUCAACGCCGAGCAUCUGAUGACGGCAAAAUAUCAGAUACUUCCAAAACUAGUAAUACUAUUCGUGUUUUCUUGCCCAACAAGCAGCGCACAGUGGUAAAUGUGCGAAAUGGGAUGACCUUGCAUGACUGUCUUAUGAAGGCACUUAAAGUAAGAGGUCUGCAGCCAGAAUGCUGUGCAGUUUUUCGACUUCUUACUGAACCAAAAGGAAAAAAAGUGCGUUUGGAUUGGAAUACAGAUGCUGCCUCCUUGAUUGGAGAGGAACUGCAAGUGGACUUUCUUGAUCAUGUUCCACUAACUACACACAAUUUUGCUCGGAAGACGUUUCUGAAGCUUGCUUUCUGUGACAUCUGCCAGAAGUUCCUGCUAAAUGGAUUUCGGUGUCAGACAUGCGGUUAUAAAUUCCACGAACACUGCAGCACUAAAGUUCCAACCAUGUGUGUCGACUGGAGCAAUAUCAGGCAACUCUUAUUGUUCCCAAAUUCAAAUAUCAGUGACAGUGGUGUCCCUGCACUACCUCCCUUGACAAUGAGACGGAUGCGGGAGUCUGUCUCCCGGAUACCUGUUAGUUCCCAGCACAGGUAUUCUACACCUCAUGCCUUCACAUUCAACACAUCAAAUCCUUCCUCUGAGGGCUCCCUUUCCCAAAGACAGCGAUCUACAUCCACACCAAAUGUCCACAUGGUCAGCACUACAAUGCCUGUAGACAGCCGGAUAAUUGAGGAUGCAAUUCGAAGCCAUAGUGAAUCAGCUUCACCCUCUGCUCUGUCUGGAAGUCCUAACAAUAUGAGCCCCACUGGCUGGUCUCAACCCAAAACCCCAGUCCCAGCCCAAAGAGAGAGAGCCCCUGGAUCCAAUACACAAGAAAAAAACAAAAUUAGGCCUCGUGGACAGAGAGAUUCCAGUUAUUACUGGGAAAUAGAAGCGAGUGAAGUCAUGCUUUCUACCAGAAUAGGGUCAGGUUCUUUUGGAACGGUUUACAAAGGCAAAUGGCAUGGGGAUGUAGCAGUGAAGAUACUAAAGGUUGUAGAUCCAACCCCAGAACAGUUCCAGGCUUUUAGAAAUGAAGUGGCUGUAUUAAGGAAGACUCGGCAUGUUAAUAUUUUGCUCUUCAUGGGCUACAUGACUAAAGAUAAUCUGGCCAUUGUUACACAGUGGUGUGAAGGCAGCAGUCUGUAUAAACACCUGCACGUUCAAGAGACCAAGUUCCAAAUGUUCCAGCUCAUUGAUAUCGCUCGGCAGACGGCACAGGGAAUGGACUAUUUACAUGCAAAGAAUAUCAUCCACAGAGACAUGAAAUCCAAUAAUAUAUUUCUUCAUGAAGGCCUCACCGUGAAAAUAGGAGACUUUGGUCUGGCAACUGUAAAAUCCAGGUGGAGUGGAUCUCAACAGGUGGAACAGCCCACUGGCUCAAUCUUGUGGAUGGCACCAGAAGUGAUACGGAUGCAGGAUAGUAACCCGUUUAGUUUUCAGUCAGAUGUCUACUCCUAUGGAAUAGUACUAUAUGAACUAAUGACAGGAGAGCUGCCAUACUCCCACAUAAACAACCGAGAUCAGAUCAUUUUCAUGGUUGGCCGAGGUUAUGCUUCUCCAGACCUCAGUAAAUUGUACAAGAACUGCCCCAAAGCAAUGAAGAGGCUUGUAGCAGAUUGUUUGAAGAAAGUUAGGGAAGAACGACCUCUGUUUCCACAAAUACUGUCAUCCAUUGAGUUGUUGCAACAUUCUUUACCCAAAAUCAACCGGAGUGCUUCUGAACCAUCUCUGCAUCGUGCCGCCCACACAGAGGACAUAAAUUCAUGCACAUUAACAUCCACGAGACUGCCCGUGUUUUAGGAUCGUGCUCCCCCUCCCUGGCUCUCUCCGGAGAUGGGAAAGGAAGAGCAGUAACAGCAGUUGUGCUUUUAAUGCCUCAGUGUACAGGAUCAGUGCCAGCAGGACUACCUGCGUCCCAGUUUUAAGAACAAGCUGCUAAGGAUUUCUGCAGUUCUUCCCCUGCAGGGACACAGCUCCACAUUGCCUUUUUCUACAGUUUCUUUUACUGGGAUAGUUAACAGACGAUAAAUCAAGAGAUCUAUUACUAUUUUUUUAAUAGAUGCACUUGAGCCUUAUUUUUCCCAUACACAGAAGCGAUGGAUGUUUCUUUGGCAGUGUUUCUGGAUUGAUUUGAAUCUGUUGAUAAAUCGGUAUUUUUUACAGCAAGGACGGCUUGCCUCGGCCUUUCCAGAAAGAUGAUGCGUUACGGUGCUCUGAUUGCCCCACGCCCUCUGCCACUUCCAGGUUGGGGGGAGUUUUGCCCGAAAUGGGAAUCUGCAAACAAGACUGAGGGAAGAGGAGAAAACUUUGUGGAAAUCAGCUCCUGCCUAAGAGCUUUCAUCAAGCCAAUGAAAUAAGUUAAAAUGCUAAUUCAACACAAAAUAGUUUUGCAAUAGUUUUGCACAUAGAAGAAAAACUCUUGCAAAAGAAUGGAAUAUAUUCUGAACUGUACUGCUCAGAGAAGGAAGCUAGCCAGUCUUGCUACGGUCAUCUUCAGUAACUUCAGCAGCUUACUUUGGUACUAUUGACUUGUUUCUUGCAGCCCAAUGAGGUGGUAAGUGCGGAAAGACAGGCUUUUGUGGCUGAGAAGAGGCUAAUUAACAUUAUCCGUAUACUUCUGCAAAAUGAGCGUAGUCUUCGUCCCAUCUGAAGCUGUCGUCCAAGAGAUGCACUAUCAAGAGGAAACUGAGCAUAUACAGUUUUUCUUGCUGAUUUGGGUUUUAAUUUUGUUUUUAUUGCUCCUGAGAAAAUGCAUUUAUUGUAAGCCAAGGUUCCUCUGAUUAUCUUAUUUUAAUAAAAUAAAUUAA